CGUAUCCGGUGCCAUACUACCGGUACGAAAUCGCGAUGGACGAGACCGAGAUCGAGACGCUCGAAGCCAUGGGCGCGUUCCUCGCCUCGCUCCAUGAGACGAACGGGUUCCUUGUGACGCUCAACACGCAGGUCGUCGCGCUCUCCCACGAGCUCGCCAAGGCCGAGCGCAACCUCAGCGCGCUCUCGAUUCCGUUUCGCUCCACCAUGUACGAGGUCGCCAUGCGAGAGGAGCAACUCGCAGCUUACUCGACCAACUCGCCCAAGCUUUGAAUCAGGCGUGUUUUUCCAAUAUCGUUCUUUGGUUGGCCUUGUUCAUGCAGCGCAUGGUGAUGCUACUUGAGCUCAAGGUCUGUAAACAAG